AUGGCCACUUCGGUGCACACUGUCUCCCCUACGGGGCCGCAUACCUGCACCGUUGUCUUCCUUCAUGGACGUGGUAGUGACGGUGGCGUUUUCUGCGAAGAGCUUUUCGAAAGUCAAGAAGGGUCAGGACAAUUCUUUGUCGAUAUAUUUCCUGGCAUUAAAUGGGUAUUUCCUAGCGCUGCAGGAUUCUAUGAUAAGAGUGAAGACGAGUUCCAAUGGUUCGAUAUGUCAUCAGUUCAGCGGCCACAGGAUAACGGCGAGAUACAAAAACCAGGAUUAUGGCGAAGCGUCGCGCAGGUUCUUCAAAUCAUCACGGAAGAGGCGGUAAUCGUGGGAAACCAAAAGCUAAUACUAGCGGGUAUGAGUCAGGGAUGUGCUACUGGUAUAUUUGCUCUGCUGGCCUCUGGGUUGCGGGUUGGGGGGUUUGUAGGGCUGAGUGGAUGGCUGCCGCUGGCAGAGGAGGUACAGCGCGUCAUGAAUGUGCCUGGUCGAGAGCAAGAUGUGUUGAAGAUGCCAGUGCUGUUACAGCACUGCAAAGACGACGAUGUUGUAGCCGUUGAACAUGGAAAUGAUCUUAGGAAACUGCUUGAAGAGAUAGGCAUGUGCGUCAGAUGGGAGUGCUUCGAGCAGGGUGGGAACUGGCUCAAUGAGCCUCGAGGUAUGGACGGCCUUGUGGAGUUCAUCCAAUCGGUCUUAAGAACUACAUCAGGCAGGGAGAGAACACAGCACUGA